CUCCACACCAAUUCUCGGAAGGGUAUUUAGGGAAGCUGUUUUCUGACGGUUUGCAGAACGCGGAAGUAAAAUCCUCUAGAAGAGUUAAUGAGUCCAAAUUACUAUCUUGACCACCAGCACACCCAUCGCCGCCUCGCUAAAGCUCCGCAUCAUAAUCUUGCGACCUUCAAUCUCCGCAACCACAAACCUACUCCCCUCCAGUUGACGAAAUCACGACACAUAGCAUUGAAAGCUGUGAUGUUUCUUCUUCAACCGUAGUCCCACAAGAUACUCUUACGUUGGCAGUCAUGAAACAACUGCAUCGGACGUGGUAGCCAUAGUUCCCUAUCCCAUAUUGCCGAAAUUGAAGGGGUUAGAGGAAUAUUGUCCCCCCACAAAGAGGAGGAUUUUGAAUGCAUAAGUUAAUCAUCAAUGUCUGCUUGGUUUUCCUUACACUACAAGUGUUGAUUUGUGAUAUGUCGGUUGCGUUCAUCAUUUGUUUCAAUUAAUCAAAAUUAAUAGGGAGAUGAGAAGCCGCAUCCCAUUAACAAAUUAGGCGUUAGAGGAGUUUUGAUUGGAAAACUACCUUUGGAAUUCCUUGGGACUAGUUCGAGACUCAUUUGUCUCCUUUGAAUUCCAACAAGUUUCACGUCUAUAGUGGAUGCAUUGAUUGUUGAAAUUGGGUAAGACUACUGGGUUUUCAAUUCAUCCAAAUUCGAUUUAAAUUUGAUUUAUGUCUAUGUUCAUCUCUGAUCUCUUAUAUACUCUUACAAAUUCAGCAAAACCUCUAUUUUUUUUCUUCUGAUUCUAAUAAAUAAAUUCUUCAAUUACAUACUUACUAUGUCAAUGGUGGUCAAAAUGUUAUUUAUUAAUCUUAAGUGGAUGUUUAGCAUGUUAUGUCUACUUGGUUGUUCAAAGACCACCAGGUUGUCUUUAUUCUUGUGCCCAAGAAUCUAGAUUGCACGCCUAUUGUGAAAAAAUUAAUGAUGUGAAAAUUUGGAGCUCAAAAUGAACCAAUCCACUUACUAUGCCAUCUUAUUUUCAUACUCUUUUCUCUCUUUGUGAGUUGUCGAUCGAUGAUGGACUUCCAUAUCCAUGUUGUUUCAAGUUAACCUUUCUUUAAACUGGUCCAAUUGUAAUUCCCAAUUUAUUAAUAGACUGAUCCUCCCACAGGGAAGAAAAAAAUGAAGAACCGCCUAUAAAUGAGUUUUCAUAAUGAUUGGAACAACACAUGCAAGCUAACGGUGGUUCGUACAAUCUAAUCGAUCGAGUACUGUGAUUAACUCGAGAAAAGGAGUUUGAUGUCCAAAUAACACAUCUAUGUGAGUUUGAUGAUCAAAUUGAUAUUCACCAUGCAAAAAGCGGAAAGGGAAAGAUAGUAAGCUGUUGUGUACUCCUGUUAAAUGUUAACUGUUACGUUAAGGUAAAGCUUCGUUGUAUUCAUUUCCACCAGAGAAAAGAAAGAGAUGGCGGCCCGCUGCUUCUGGACCAGCGGCAGCUGUGCCGGCAGCGGCGCAAGCCCACUCCGCCGUUCGCCAGCGAUUCCGGAAAUUUAUACCCAAAUUCUAUUCUCGCCCUCACAUCAUCAUCUUCCUAUAUUAGCGAGUAAUUAUUAUUUCACUGGAGGCUGCAGAAACCUCAACCCAUACACACGCCUUCGCUCCCGCCUGUUCGCUCAGCUGCCGCCGCAAUCCGACCCGCCUCCCGAUAACGAAUCGCUCACACUCGGAGGUUUAGUGGAGGGUAUAUCUAGAUUCCAGGAAAGGGCUCAGAUAUUCUUUGCGGUAUUUGUAUGGAUGUCUCUCUUCUUCUGGUAUUCAGCUUGGGAUGGCAGGGAUAAAGGCGGCGGCGGCGGUAUGUCCAGCAAAAGAUCCCGAUCUCCAUUCAAAAGAUGAAACCAGAACCAGCUUAUCAAAGCAUUCGACUGUAUUUUGCGGCUUGUGUAUAUAUAUGUGUGUACUAGUUGUAAGAGGAAAAAUGUGGAAUCACUGUUAGCCAGACAUUUGCUGCUUUAAGGAUUGUAAAUUAAUACUAGAGAUAUCAGAACACAUUGCACCAGCGAAAUCGAUGGAUGUUUGGUCUGAAUCGAAGAAUAAUCAGAGCAGCACAUG